GAUGAGGGCGAGGAAGAGCCGUGUGGGAUGCCGCGGCUGCUGUUGUGUCUUGCUGCCAUUUCAUCCGCGGAUCGUCACGGAAAUACCGGCGGCGGCGCAGCCGUGAGGGUCAUCCGGGCUUCUGCGCGCUCAGCAGGCCGCGUCCCGCCUUUCACACGGCCGGAGCUCUGAUGCUGGUCCGGGGGAACCUUUAAGGCGGUAUUAUUUGUGGAAGCUGCAGCAACAGACGCUGCCGGUGCGAGGGCUUAUUUGCAGAAGCCACAGUCAUCAAUAUGGUGCCUGUUUUUCCCAGGUUUUGAGCUCUGAACUCGAGAAUUUGACUUUUGGCGAGACAUGGAGACGAUAUGGCUUUACCAGUUCCGUCUGAUUGUGAUCGGAGAUUCCACGGUGGGAAAGUCCUGCCUGAUCCGGAGGUUCACGGAGGGCCGCUUUGCCCAGGUGUCAGACCCCACUGUGGGAGUGGACUUCUUUUCUCGCCUGGUGGAGAUUGAACCAGGAAAGAGGAUCAAACUGCAGAUCUGGGACACUGCAGGACAAGAGAGGUUCAGGUCCAUCACCAGGGCCUACUAUCGGAACUCCGUUGGGGGUUUGUUGCUUUUUGACAUCACAAACCGACGUUCCUUCCAAAACGUCCACAACUGGCUGGAGGAGGCGCGGAGCCACGUCCAGCCGCACAGCAUCGUCUUCCUGCUCGUUGGCCACAAGUGUGACCUGGAGGCUCAGCGUCAGGUGACCCAGCACGAGGCAGAGAAGCUGGCGGGGGCUUACGGGAUGCGCUACGUGGAGACGUCUGCACGGGACGCCAUCAACGUGGAGAAGGCAUUUGUGGAUCUGACGAGGGACAUCUUCGAAUUGGUGCGGAAUGGUGACAUCAAGAUCCAGGACGGCUGGGAAGGAGUCAAGAGUGGAUUUGUUCCCAACACCGUCCACUCCUCCGAGGAGGUCACCAAGGGCAGCCGGCAGUGCUUCUGCUGAUUGCGUUGGGGUAAAACUCAAGCGAACCCAAUUUCUGUCUUUUGCCGUGGCUGCUCUCAGGCAAAGCUUUUGGGUCAGCACUCCCUGUUUUCCUGCUGAGCUACUUUCUUUUCUGUGUGUGUGAGACCUCCUUUCUUCAUUUAGGAGCCACCUCGUGGCUCCAGAGAGGCACAGACCUCUUGUUUUCUGUCUGCACACGCGUGUCUUUUUAUGUUAGGAACACUUUAGCUUUAUGCCACAUUUGGCCUUUCCUUGUGUGCAUGGUGACACUCAAGUGGCCGGCUAGGAUCUUAGGCACAAGCAACAGUCAGUGCGUUAUGUUUCUCCUCGUGUGUCGAGAUGGACGAUGCUUCUUCCACAAACUGUUGAGGGGGGGGGGGGGGAGAAGCUCCUCUGACUGGAACAUCUGCUCCUAAAAAUCCGACGCUAGUGAACUCCAGCCGAGCCAAUGUCUCAGAGUGUGCCUGACUCCUGAAGAAAAGGAUGCAUUAGCAGUCAGAAGGGGAACGUUUCUGCCACCGUUUAAUGACUGCCUUAGUGUAGCAUACGCUGCUACGGAGCAGAGAAGGUGGGACUUUUUCAUCCUGAAACGCUCCUCCACAGAGUAAAAAGUGAAGAAAUGCAUUGACAGAAGUGAGGUUUGACUGGCCAAUUGUUUUGCACUCUGCAAUGAAAUAUUUGUGAAAUCCUAUACUUAAUAAUUAAUAAUUUUUUUUGUGUUGCAUAUUUGCAACUAAAUAUUUAAAAAUAGGACAAUCAGCGGUUAGAUCUGUUGUAACAACCCACAUUUAUCAAAAAUAAACCUAAUCAAUAUUUCAUUAUUAUAUUUUAAAUAUUAAAUGAAAUUCAAUCGCAUUUUUCUCCCUGUUUGUGUCUCUUUUUUUUAACUUGAAUUACUAAUAAUCAAACGUUUCCAAACCUUUUUGAAAAACUUACCAGAUUGUCAUUAACAACUCAAAUCGUACACACUACCACUUUGUUGUUUUAAUGUUUAAAAUAGAAAAACCCACCACGUUUCAUGAAAAACCAUAAAUACAUUAUUGUUUAUCAUUAUAAACCUUUACCCGUAUGUCUAUGUAAGGUUAGAAACUAUGAAAAAUGCUACAAGUUAAAAUCUUUUAAAGUGCUGUUAUGGUUUCCCUUCAGAGAGCAAAAGAAACUCUCUGCAACGACGGUAAGAUGACAUUUUCAAUGCACCACUGUGCUGGAGGGCAAAUCCAUGAGAUUGUGCGGUUUCAAUCGGAGACCCCGUAGAUUGAUUAAAUUAAGUCAAGCCCGUCCAACACGUGUCAGCAUCAACGGCAAGGUGUUACACUUCAUGGCAGAAGAAGAAACACUUCAAUCUGGCCAAUAAAAAUAAAAAAGACGGGCAAAAGAACAAAAGCUGGACAUUGGAAGGUGUUGUGGACAGACGUGUCCAGAAUGGAGCUUAACUUGGGGAAAACUGUAAAGAUGGUCCAUCUUGAGGGCCAUUUCAGGUUGUUUUGGUUGUUAGAAUACUUUAAGUGAGCAAGGUUUAUUGAGUUUAUUUGUGUCUACUCCUUGUUCUUUUUCGCUGUUCAUUUCAGGCUUUACAUAUCCAUGGAAAACAAAGAGAUUUCCCAAGUUACCCCAAACCUUUGAGCAGUAAUGUGCUUUCAAUGCAGCCCAUGCAUUUUGCAUUUAAUUAUAUGCCAAUAGCAUCUGUGCAGCCAAACUGUACUCAGGAUAUGAAAUGCAAUGUGAUAUUCAUAAAUAAAUAAGAUUUAUUCAAAUAUUACAUCAUUAUUAACUGUUCAUUUAUUUAAGAAACAGUUCUUAUUCCCCAAAUUGAACCAUUUUGGGAUUUCAUACAACUGAAAAAGUGUCAGAAAGUAUUCACACAUUUGCAGCCUCAAACCAAGCCAUGUACAUAUUUACAGUAGGUGCAUGCUCUAUUCUAACUUAGUGUAUCCAAAGAAGGAAAAAAAACAGUUUUUCUUAGUCUAAAGGUAAACAAUCCCUGCAUUUAAAGAGGAAACACAUUCAGAAACAUCAAAUUAAAAGAAGUGAUGAAAUUAAAAGGAUCAUUUGUAACAAACUGCACAGAUGUCAGUCCAUACUGUCUUUGUUUACGGUUGUAAAGAAAUGCAAACGCCUUUUUUCUCAACAGUGGUGGUUAAUCGGAAUUGUUCUGUUUACUUUUAUGAUGCGGAAAAGUGUCUCUCUCGAGUGCCUUUAGGAAGAAAAUGAGUUGAAGUGCAUGCAGUCGACACAACGUUAUGUCCACCCUGUGAAUGUUAAUCUCUCAACUGUAAGUAGGUGGCAUUGAUAUCACAUUACGCCAUGUAUAAAUAAUUCAUCUGAAAUCAAAACCCAGUAAUAGUUGACUGUUUGAUGUUGUUGUGACUCUGGGAUCAAUAUAGCACAAGUGUCAUCCAUGAGGAAAAACCUGUAAACAUCAAUAAAGAUUUUGCUUGUGAAAUGAAAAA